CAGUUGUGAUGUAUUUUCAGCCCUUGCGGAGGGAGGUGAGAGUGCAGAGAGGGCCUGCGCGGAGCUCUAGUGACAGCGGGAGGCAUGGGUCUGCCAGCUGAGCCCUCCGCCACGCCUGCCUACCCAGCCUCAUGCCCCUGCGUACCACAGCAGGGGCUCUUGUCUCUUGACGUGUGUGUUUGGAUGCUCAUGAAUAUUAUAAAAAAUGAAUUUGCAGUUGUCUUAUAUAAAAGAAAUUGAGUGAGAUGUUUUAUAUUUUAGGUUAAACCCCUGUAAGAUCCUGAUUUUAGAAACCACCAGCUCCUCAGAAGUUCAGCGAAAUAUGAAUUAUUAAAUCUACGCUCAGAUCAAGUUAGCAGCUAGACUGGUGUGACAACCUGUUUUUAAUCAGUGACUCAAAGCUGUGAUCACCCUGAUGUCAACGAAUGGCCACAGCUUGUAAAAGAUCACCAGGAGAACCGCAGUCGGACGACAUUGAAGCUAGCCGAAUGAAGCGAGCAGCCGCAAAGCAUCUAAUAGAACGCUACUACCACCAGUUAACCGAGGGCUGCGGAAAUGAGGCCUGCACGAAUGAGUUCUGUGCUUCCUGCCCGUCUUUUCUUCGUAUGGAUAACAAUGCAGCAGCUAUUAAAGCCCUCGAGCUUUAUAAGAUUAAUGCAAAACUCUGUGACCCUCAUCCCUCCAAGAAAGGAGCGAGCUCAGCGUACCUUGAAAACUCCAAAGGCGCCGCGAACUCCUGCUCCGACGUAAAAAUGAACAGGAAGGAUGGAUUGGGAGCAAGAAAUGAUUUUAAAGGUAAGAUGCUCUAUUUCCUGGCCAACGAGAAGGUGGAGACGGCCUUCCUGAACGCGCUGGUGUACCUGUCGCCCAACGUGGAGUGCGACCUGACCUACCACAACGUGUACGCGCGCGACCCCAGCUACCUGAACCUGUUCGUCAUCGUCAUGGAGAACCGCAACCUGCACAGCCCCGAGUACCUGGAGAUGGCGCUGCCGCUCUUCUGCAAGGCCAUGAGCAAGCUGCCGCUGGCGGCGCAGGGCCGCCUGGUGCGCCUGUGGGCGCGCUUCAGCGCCGAGCAGAUCCGCCGCAUGCUCGAGACCUUCCAGCAGCUCAUCACCUACAAGGUCAUCAGCAACGAGUUCAACAGCCGCGCGCUCGGCGGCGAGCGCAACCUGGUCAACGACGACGACGCCAUCGUGGCGGCGUCCAAGUGCCUGAAGAUGGUCUACUACGCGAACGUGGUGGGCGGCGAGGUGGACACGGGCCACAACGAGGACGACGACGAGGAGCCGGUGCCCGAGUCGAGCGAGCUGACGCUGCAGGAGCUGCUGGGCGAGGAGCGGCGCAGCAAGAAGGGCCCGCGCGUGGACCCGCUGGAGACGGAGCUGGGCGUCAAGACGCUCGACUGCCGCGCGCCGCUCAUCCCCUUCGAGGAGUUCGUCAACGAGCCGCUCAACGACGUCCUGGAGAUGGACAAGGACUACACCUUCUUCAAGGUGGAGACGGAGAACAAGUUCUCCUUCAUGACCUGCCCCUUCAUCCUCAACGCGGUCACCAAGAACCUGGGGCUGUACUACGACAACCGGAUCCGCAUGUACAGCGAGCGCCGGAUCACGGUCCUCUACAGCCUCGUCCAGGGGCAGCAGCUGAACCCGUACUUGAGACUGAAGGUCAGACGCGACCACAUCAUAGACGACGCGCUUGUCCGGCUAGAGAUGAUCGCCAUGGAGAACCCGGCGGACCUGAAGAAGCAGCUGUACGUGGAGUUCGAAGGCGAGCAGGGAGUUGACGAGGGAGGCGUUUCCAAAGAAUUCUUCCAGCUGGUUGUGGAGGAAAUCUUCAAUCCCGACAUCGGUAUGUUCACCUAUGAUGAAUCUACAAAAUUGUUUUGGUUUAAUCCAUCGUCUUUUGAAACUGAGGGUCAGUUCACUCUGAUUGGCAUUGUGCUGGGUCUGGCGAUUUACAACAACUGUAUACUGGACGUGCAUUUUCCCAUGGUCGUCUACAGGAAGCUCAUGGGCAAAAAAGGGACUUUCCGCGACUUGGGAGACUCUCACCCCGUUCUGUUUCAGAGCCUGAAGGACUUGCUGGAGUACGAAGGGGACGUGGAGGAAGACAUGAUGAUCACCUUCCAGAUAUCGCAGACGGACCUGUUCGGGAACCCGACCAUGUACGACCUCAAAGAGAACGGCGACAAGAUCCCCAUCACGAACGAAAACAGGAAGGAAUUUGUCAACCUCUAUUCUGACUACAUUCUCAAUAAGUCGGUAGAAAAGCAGUUCAAGGCUUUCCGGAGGGGUUUCCACAUGGUGACCAAUGAAUCUCCCUUGAAGUACCUGUUCAGGCCGGAGGAAAUCGAACUGCUUAUAUGUGGAAGCCGGAAUCUAGAUUUCCAAGCACUAGAAGAAACUACAGAAUAUGACGGUGGCUAUACCAGGGACUCUGUUCUGAUUAGGGAAUUCUGGGAGAUUGUUCACUCGUUUACUGAUGAGCAGAAGAGACUCUUUCUGCAGUUCACAACGGGCACCGACAGAGCGCCCGUGGGCGGGCUCGGGAAACUCAAGAUGAUCAUCGCCAAAAACGGCCCAGACACGGAACGGUUGCCCACAUCUCAUACGUGCUUUAAUGUCCUUUUGCUCCCGGAGUACUCAAGCAAAGAGAAACUGAAAGAGCGGUUGCUGAAGGCCAUCACUUACGCCAAAGGCUUCGGCAUGCUGUGAGGGGCGGAGGCCGCAGCUUUCCCGAGCGCCACGGAGGGCGGUGGUGUCCCGCCGCAGGCUGAGAUGGGAGCCGCGUCCCGUGCCUGCCUCCCUCCUCCACGGGGAUCUGGGCUGGAGCAGCAGAUUUCAGCGACUCAUGAACAAAUCCUUUAUUAUUAUUAUUUUUCUGCGUGAAAGUGUUCUUAUUCUUUCACUUGUAUGUACAGAGAGGUUUUUCUGAAUAUUUAUUUUAAUGGUUAAAUCACUUUUGCUUGUGUUCAUUACUGCUUGAGGUUGAGCCUUUGAGUACUGAGAAAACAUAUACCAACAAAACUGCUCCCCUAAGGACAAGAUCGCCACGUGUAGACCAUGUAACCUUCAAGUAAGUAUGUGCUAUUUUUUGUCCCUGUAUCUAACUCAAAUCAGGAACUGUAUUUUUUUUUUUUUUUAAACAAUUUGCUUUUGAAACUUGAAGUCUUGAAAACAGUGUGAUGCAUUUGCUGCUGUUCUAGUCCCCAAAGAGCUUUCUGUGCAAAAUGUUGAAAUCAAUAAAGAUGGAAGGGAGACCUUGGAAUGUUA